AUGCAUCCUUUACGGAUUAUCACUCUUUUGACCGGGCCCUAUAUUCUCUUAGCCGGCGCGGUUCCUCUGACGAAGCCAAAAGUCUCUAGGCCAUCCUGCCGGAAAUCUAAACCUAUCUUAGAGGCGGAGCAGUUGUAUUUUGAUGACCCUGCAGGAUAUCAAGGCCCUUUUUGGAAUCUUGCGGCGAUCAACGACGCGAGUUCGGGAGGGACACCCGCUUAUAAUCCGGACUUGUUGCGCUGGCAUUCCGCUUCUUCACCUGCGCAGACCGGACUGCAUGGGAGUGAUUCUGCCUACCGCCCUCCGGAGUAUCAUAGCGGCACCGAUCGGGACCAAAUUUUGAGCUUGAGAACCUACCCAUGGAACACCAUCGGUCGCGUAUCCUUCAAACGCUUCAAAGGCGACAAAGGCGGUUGGUGCACAGGAACCCUGGUGGGAAAGGACCUUGUACUUACAGCGAGUCACUGCUUUCCGUGGGGAUAUAGCGAUGGUAGUUGGAUGCAGUUCGCGCCGGGGUUUGGAAACGCGACCGAGCCUUUCGGCGCGUCUUUCAUUUCACGCUGUCGCGGUGUGAAGAAUACGUUUAACGUGACCGGGAUCGAUUAUGUCGUUUGUCACCUGUGCCAACCGCUUGGAGAGAAGCUCGGCUGGAUGGGGACGCGAUGGUGGAACGAUGAAUCGGUUUAUAUGAGUCGAUCGUGGUCCAGCAGCGGUUAUCCGAUAGAUUCUUUUCAUGGCCAAGCGCAGAUGUUUAUUCCUAGUAUUAACCUUUUUGAGAUCGAAUAUCAUGGAGACCUUGGUGUGGAGCUCGAAUCCCACACAUUCGCAUCAGCCGGUUGGUCGGGAGGGCCAAUGUGGGGCUAUAUUGACGGGCAGGCUACCAUCGUGGGCGUAUGCAGCGGAGCAGAGAAGGAUUGCAGUGAGCGGGUUGGAGGUUGUCUCAUCACCGACACGGAAGACUAUCAUGACGUUUCUGCGGGAGGGAAGCUCAUGACCGAUCUUGUGCUCUAUGCGAUGACCCACUGGGGACCUGCUUAA